AUGACAAAUCCUGGUUCUUUCACAAUGUUACAUAAAUCAGAGGACGGGCGCUUCAUGUAUGUUUUUGUCGCACUAAAUGCAUCAAUCAUAGGAUGGAAAUACUGUUACCCUAUUGUAGUGGUUGAUGGGACAUUCCUCAAAUCAUCACACAGAGGAACAAUGUUAACAGCUAGCGCACAAGAUGCGGCAGCAUACGCUGUUGUAGAUUCUGAAAAUGAUGCUUCCUGGGAAUGGUUUUUUGAAAUGUUUAGACAGGCUUUUGGGGAAAGGGAAAGGAUGUGCAUCGUAUCGGAUCGUCAUGCAAGCAUAUUGAGGGGUGCUUCGAUUGUGUAUCCAGAGAGCAUACAAAAUUGGAGAUUUAAUCGCCUCAUACAAGAUAUGGACAACAUUGAUAAGAGGGUAAGGGGUUACCUAUUCCAAGUUGGUUAUGAAAAGUGGUCUAUAGUGCAUUCCACUGUUAAUAGAUCCAUGGUGAUGACUUCAAAUAUUGCCGAGUCACUCAAUGCAAGGAACAAAAAGGCAAGAGAGCUACCAAUCAUGAGUUUGCUAGAUUACAUGAUGAAUUUGGUUAUGGAAUGGAAUAAUACAAAUAGAAUGAUUGCAAUGAGUACAUUUAUUGGCGUAGGAAAAAAAUAUCAUGAAGUACUGAAGGAAAAUAGCUAUUUGUCGCAGAAGAUGACGGCGAAGCCUUCAACCGAUUAUGUAUAUGUAGUAAUGGAUGCUGAACAAAGGCGGAACAUAGUCUGCAUGCAAAAAAGAGAAUGCUCGUGCAAACGAUUUCAAGUGGAUGAGAUUCCUUGUGCACAUGCUAUGGCAGUAUUGGACUACACACACAUGGAAGCACCCAAAUAUUUUUCUGACUAUUACACCAAGGAAUACUUCAAGAAGACAUAUGAAGUGCCAGUUAAUCCACUUCCAGAUGAAACUUCAUGGGACCUUCCAACAGAGGUGUUAGAUAAUGUGGUCCUACCACCGAUAGUGAAGGGCAAACCAGGAAGACCGACGAAGUCGCGACGCAGGGACUUUAUGAAUAUCUGUAUACUGAAGCUAUUACAUGUGGACUGUGUGGAAAAUAAGGACAUAACAGAAGAACCUCAAGACAACUAG